AACAUUGCAAGUAAAUAUUUUUUUUUUAAUAUUUAUUUAAACGUCAUUUCAAUCAUUAAUCAUAUAGUAUGUUUGUUUGCUUCACAUUUUUUAUUUAAUAUAAAAUUUUUGGAUUUUCAAUGAAGUUGUUAAUAUGAGACAUCGAAAUUUAUUCUAAAAUACCAUCAGUAGAAAAAAUCCAAAGUGAAGAAUUAAAUUAAAGUCUGAUUAAUUAUACACUCUAAUCUCGCGGGAGGAUUUGGAAAUUUUAUACUUUCGAGAGAUUGAGUUAAAAUAUAUUCUACGUCAAAAAAACAAUUUUUUUGACCAAUUCAAUGCGGAACUCUCAAAAGCGCACACAGACAUAAAUUCCGCCACAAUUUCUUUUUCGAAUAAUUUGGGAAUUAAUUGGCGCCGAUAGUUCAGCAAAUAAGAGAGCAACAUGAGUGAAUUGGACCAUACAUUAAAACUGGUUGAUGAAGAGAUUGCGAAAUUACGGCAGAAAACCAUGUUCUGUUUGUCCAAUUAUGAUUACCAUCACAAAAAUGAUGAAUAUAAGAUAAUUGCAGAGCUUCUCCUUAUACUGCAAGAGGCAGAAGAAGAAGGUGAACGAUUCACGCGGAACAUAAGCAAUCUAAAGAAUAUCAUUGAAAAAUGUCGAAAUAAAUGUGCCGAAGCAAAUCAAUUGCUAAAGGAAUUUCGUGCAAUAAGGGGCAAUGUUACCAAUGAGGAGAAGGUCAUUGUUACCAACGAUUCAUUUAGGGGCAACGACGAUUAUGAUCAGGACGAUGAGGCAAACAAAGAAAAUAAUUCUUAAUACGAAAUGAUUGUUAAUAGAUGUAUCAUUAACUAUUCUCAAUAAUUUUGCGUAAUUAUAUGUUGUAUAAAAAUUUCCUUUUGCUUAUAUUGCAAAACAUAUUUAAAUUAAUAUAUACAUAUUGAUAAAAUCUUUCGAAAUAUAAAUCUGAAAUGCGAUUAUUUCAAAUAGAUGCCAAUUCAAAGCGGAAAUUGGAAAAUUUCUUAAUAAUAUGAAUAUUGAAAGUAUAAAUCUGCAUUAAUUAUCUUUAAAAACCAAGACGCAGCUGCUUUUGGUUAAAAUCCAAUUUAUAAAUUCUCUGUCCUAAAUUGAGAGAAAAUAUAAGGGGUCUUUUAAUAUGUUCGUAGAAUCACUUCAUAAAAUUUAUAUAAUACGAUACGGCUUGCGGUCCUACUUUUCUAAAAUACGCUAGCAAUGCAUAUAAUGCGCAAUGUUAAUGUUCAAUUUUGUUUACAUACGAUUUUCUGUUAAUACUGAAUAGGACUUUGCACCUACGCAGGUAAUUAUCUGACAAGAAAGUCUAAACCUUAAGCAAAUUUUUCAAAUCUAACCUCAAAAAAGGGAUAAAUUAUCGGUUCUUCAUAAAGCAUAUCUAUGGCAUUUUUUACUCUCUCUCUCUCUCUCUCUCUCUGGACUCUUUAAAGUCCAUUAAA